AUGAGUUUUGAUGGCCUUCGGGGACGCUUGAAGAAAAAAACGUCAGCCCCUACAACAGACGGAUUAGGGGUCUCGGGGAAUUCAAUAGAUCUUUCAGAUUCCGUCUACGCGGCAGCCGUGCAAGAGGCUUGUACCAACCACCGAAGUCGUAAACGGCAGCGCUCUCCGAUUAGUGAUGUGCUAACAGAACAACUGGUUGGGGAAGGUAAUGCGGGAGGAACAACCUCCACCCCUGCCGUAGCUGAGGUUUCUAUCACUCCGGUCGCACGUCCAAGACAUCUCACGGAGGAAGAAUUUCUCGAAAGAUGUGUGGUGUCUGAAAAGGCAUUGGGAAGGUGUGUUGAAAGGAUGUCUCGCGCGCUGGUGGAACCAGCCGUUUUCGGCAGUCUGGAGAUAAGGGACCAAGACAUCGCUGGCGACGACGUUGUGUUGUUGGGGUCUCGUGUGAGUGCGUUGCCCCUCCCACUCUGUCGUUUCCUUGUCCAGAGGCUACAGUGCGUGUCUACUUCUUCAGUUGUUUCAGAUGCGGCAUACCAGGAAGAGGAGUACAACUUGUUGUUUGCACUUGGAGAGGUGGAGGCAUGCCAACGGCAGGCGUGCGUGUCCAUCCCCGAACAACUUGAAGGACUUAUCGCAGUGCUACAAACUUACUGGCUUGCGCUAUGCCUAUAUUGGCGAGCUGCUCUCUGUGGUUCCGUAUCAGGAAACCCCUCUCACCAGGGCGGUUGGUCGUAUGACGUCUAUUUGCUCCAACAUCACGCUUUGCCUGAUACGGUGCGACACACGCAUGGGAGGCAGGUGGCCCUUGGGCUGGAAGCGUGGCGGAAGGCAACCCGUGUCCGGCAGGAUGCCUUUGACUUUCUGGCACUGGUGCUGCAUGACAUGUUAGUUCUUACGCGUCGCCUGUUGAGGGGAGGAGUUUCAGGGGUUAGUGAUGAGGAGUCGUGCGCGAUUCCCGUGGAUAUGGCGAAGAAUCUCUUUCUGCUGCAAAAGCUCCUGCGUAGUCGUGAUUUUCCAGGUUGCCGACAGCUGUAUGUCGACCUUACUCUGGGAACAGCGAAUUGGAAGCUGGGUCUAUUUUCAGGUGGAGAAGUGCACAUGCGGCGCUCGAUGGAACGCAUUGAGCGCCGACGCAUUGCCCAUUUGCUCCACAACGAGAACGCACUACGGCUUUUGCAUGCUGUGCGCGAGUUAAUGGACUUCGUGCAGCAGCACGAGGCAGUGUUACAGGACUGUUUUUUUUUUACCUUCAAUUCUGAUGAAAAUGGGCCGAACAAGGAAACAGCGGGAUAA